AUGAACAGCUGGGCUCUGCAACUCAUCCUUCCUAAGAUCUGUGGAGUCGCCAUUAAUGUGAGCUGUAGCCUUGAACAAACAGGAAAAAAAGGUUUCUUGGUUGAAGCCGAGGUUGAGGUUUUCAAAGAAACAUCGCUGGAUGGCUUUUACGACUUUGAUGAUUAUGACUCUGUUGGUCGACUUAUACCAACCGAGCCAGACUGCACAAUCUGUCUAGAAGAGUUAUCAUCAGGUGGUCCGAAGACGAUCAUGAAGUUGUCUUGUGCCCACAAUUUUCAUAGGGACUGCCUUCUCCCGUGGCUGCGCCGCAAGCAUUCUUGUCCCACUUGUCGUCAUGAUAUCAACACGCCCCCACCCAGGAACGAUCUCCCGAGGAUGAUAAUUUUCUCAAAAGAGAACUCACAAAAGGAAGUGGUGGUUUCAAAUAUUUCCCUCACAUACGUACCUUUGUAA